UAUUUCCUCAUCAGAUGUGAAGAAAUUCUCUCGUGUGUGGAGCUCGAAUGUCCUCGAUAUAUAACAGUCUGGAAUAAUAAACACGAGAUCUCGGGAUCUAUCCUGCGAGGGAUACGAAAAGAAGGGAAUGGAAGACGAAACGAACGGAAUAGGGAUUCCACUCGCAGGCGAGCAGAGUGAAAAGCGGGAGAGAGAGAGAGAGAGAGAGAGAGGAGAGGGGGUGAACGGUAGAAGGGGGAGCACAGCAGCGGCAGACUGGCUGGUGGAGCGAGUCCGAGAACGCGUGCGAGCGAGAGAGAUGACCGAGGGUGCGACGAGGAAGAGACGAGUAAGUAAUGCGCAGGAACGGACGCUGCGAGAUGACGUUCCCGAGAAGGAGAAGGGCCACUUCUUUCUCCUCCCCCUUUGACGGAAGCCAAAUUUUCAAGCAGCCAUCGCCAUCGUUAGAAAUAAGAAGAAAAUUAGGUCCCAGGAGGGAAGAACCGAACGCGAAUGGAAUGCACUGGAGUCGGACGCGGCGGUCCUGGACGAUCGGGACAGGCGAGUGGGGGCUUCCCCUCGCCCCCCCCUCCUCUUCCUCCCGCCGCGGCCCGCUGAUGGCGGAGGAGGAAGGGCCGGUGGAACGGAGCGCGCUCCGAAACGGGGUCCGGGGUGCGCACACGUUCGCGGCGCGGCCUUGCCUGGACCCUCGCUCGCUCUCGUCGCAGCCAGCGAGAGAUUAUCGUGGGAAUAGCAGCAGUCAAGUCAAGUCGAGCGGCUUCCCAGGACGUAUCGUGACGUGUUACUCGUCGUAGAAGAGGAAGGAAGAGGAAGUGGUGUCUCGUCGUGCUUCGUCGAAAGUGCAUCUCGCGAAAAUCAGGAGAGAGAGAGAAAGAGAAAGAGAGAGAGAGAGAGAAACGUGGAGAAGCUCUAGGAAGCUGGAGGAAGGAAGCGUCAGCGACGACGGAGAGGAUACGUCGUAUAUAUACCGUAUACAUACUCGGCGAGGCCAGAUUCCGUGCGCCAGGAUACCUGUUGAUAGGUCGCGCAGGUGUACCAAGGAGGGCCCCUUCCUCCCUCUCUUCCCCUCCCGUCUCGUCUCGGAGCAACGACGAGCAGAGAGAGAGAGAGAGAGAGAGAGAGAGAGAGAGAGAGAGAGAGAGAGUGUGUGUGAGCGAGUACGUGCGCACUCUGGGUGUACGUGCUCCUUCGCACUCCUCGAGGCGAGAAUGAUCCAGGUAAGAAUGAUCGCCUGAACUGGCGCGUGAGGAUCAACGUGCCUCCUACCCAUCGGGACCAGACGCCCGGCCGCGAGGCCGUAUAUGGUGCCGUGGACGAGAGCGCAGUCAUUACGAGGAACAACAGUCGUCGGGCAGGGAGCGCGGAUCUUGAGCGAGCGGCCGAGAGCCCGCUGUCACCGCAGCCACCGCUGUCAUCGUUUACCUCCUCGUCGCCGCCGUCGUCGCCGUCGUCGUCGUCGUCGUUCUUACGUCGCUUAUCCUGCAUCCUCGGACGACUCGCUUCUUGUCUCCUACCUACCCCCCUAUCUCUUUAUCUCUCUCUCUCUCUCGAACGCCGAAGAGGAGCGCUGCACUCCUGGAUUUCGUGCUGCGAGUCUCGCGCGCGCGCGCGCGCGCGCAAGAGUGGUGCCGGUGGUGAGAUUAUUACGUGGUGGAGUUGUGCGUUGCGAAGGGAAGACGGGGGAGGGGGGAGAGGCCCCGUUGAGAUGCCGUGGCUGCUCGAACUACGGACACGGGAUUAGUUUGGGAGGUAACGCGUCAAGUGAGUGACGACGUCACGAUGCGCAUGUCGCCGCUGCCAAGAUUAGUGCUCGUGGCAGCAGUCACGCUGCUAACAAGUGCGAAUGCUAACGCAGAGACGGGCCUACGCAUUGACACGAACACUGUGUCGUCGUCGUCGUCAUCAGCAUCAGCAUCAGCAUCAGCAUCAGCAUCAGCAUCAUCGUCAUCAUCGUCGUAUCGCUUUGAGACGGUGAAUCGCGAGCAGGUAAUCGCCGGGAUGGAGGCCAGCCUACUCUCCCUCCUAGGCUUUGAGAAGAGACCCAAUCCUCAGGGCUCGGCGUACGUCCCGGAGUCGCUCAAGAAGCUCCAGGCCCAUCAAAACACCAUCGGCAUCGCGGAUAUCGCGAAGCGGGGCAUUCAUGCGCGAUCGGCCAAUACUGUUCGCUCGUUUCCACAUGUCGAGAGCGAGGUGGACGACAAGUUUACAUCCCCGAAUCGCUUCCGGCUGUCCUUCGACCUAAGCAGGAUACCCGCCAGCGAGACGUUGCAGGCGGCACAAUUGAGCCUGUCGCGCGUCGCGAUGCCGGAAGCGCAGGAUGGAUCCAAUAAGCACGGCCGGGUGAUGGUGUACGACAUAGUUCGGCCCGGAGUGAAGGGUCGCAGCAAGCCGAUCUUGCGGCUGAUCGACAGCAAGGUGAUCGACACGACGAAGAACGCGACCAUCAGCCUGGACGUGCGUCCGGCCGUGGAGAGGUGGCUGCGAAACCAGCGCGACAAUCACGGCCUCCUGGUGCACGUGACCGGCGUGCGCGCGCGCGCGCGCGAACACGUGCGCCUGAAGCGGGGUGCCGACGAGCACAAGGACGCGUGGGUCGUGAAGCGGCCGGUGCUCUUCACGUACAUGGACGACGGCCAUCGCGAGAUGGCAUCCGCGAAACGGAUAAUGGACAGGCGUGCCAGACAAGUGGCAUCGCGGAAGAACCGGCGGAAGGACGGCCGGGAGAAUUGCCGGCGGCAUCCGCUCUACGUGGACUUCGCGGAUGUCGGCUGGAACGACUGGAUCGUCGCGCCGCCCGGAUACGACGCCUUCUACUGCCACGGUGAUUGCCCGUUUCCUCUGGCGGACCAUCUCAACUCGACGAAUCACGCGAUCGUGCAGACGCUCGUUUACUCGACCAAGCCGAACAUGGUGCCGAAGGCGUGUUGCGUGCCGACCGCGCUCAGCUCGAUAUCGAUGCUCUAUCUGGACGAGGAGAAUAAGGUGGUGCUCAAGAAUUACCAGGACAUGGCGGUUCUCGGAUGCGGCUGCCGCUGAAGCUCCACGCUUCACUUUUAUUAGUUGGCGAGGAGGGGGAGUACAUUCGUCUCGAGGAAUUCGUAGAGCUCGAGAAGCAAUCGCCGAUGUGGAGGCGGAAACAAUGAAAAAUAAAGGAUAUUUAUUCCGCGCGUUACUUGGAUCCCAAACUCACGUUUUAUACGUUAGCGUAAUUAUUUGAUGGAUGCAUCGAAUAAGAAUUAUACAUGCGAGUAUAGGUGAUAUGAAUUGUUUAUAUUGAAAAGAGAAAGAAUUAUAAACGAGAAUAGUAUAUAAUAGAAAUGUUGGAAUAAUCCAUUUUUUUGACAGACGAGACAAAUGAGGGUAAAAUAAAAGUAAACGCUACAUAUCGCCUCAGUAAACACUAAUUUAUAUAAUUGUUAGUUGUAAUUUCCCACUCAGAAAUAUAACUGUUAUAACUGUUAUAUAACUUUCUUAGUGUUUACUGAGGCUAUUCAAUGACAUGGAUAAAACUUUCGCAAAAUUUAUUAUAUAUCGGGGGAACUCGGCUUUUUAAAAUUUACGAUUUAUUCAUAUAAAAUUAUUCCAUCCAGAUCGAGAGAUUCACUCUUCGCGAUAAUCGGAUAUAAAAGCUGACUUUUGUUACAUGCUUGAGAUGAUAGCUCAUUCGAUGGAUCCCGAUUAAGAUCUUAUAGUAAUCCUCGAAUCUAAUCAGCGAUUGAUUAAGCUUUUAAUUAUUAACAAAAUCGAGUAGGAGUGAUGAUUAGAGUAGUUACAGUCAAAGAGUGCGUGUUGUCGAGAAGAGAGUAAUUGGAAUGACUUGUAAUCACCGUAUUCAGUUGCAAAUUGCGCGGCAACUUGCGAUGGAACUGAUGGAGUUUCUUGAUAGAACACGAUAAUAAGAGCGACUACCCGGUCAUGAACCAAACCUAAUUGAAGAAAAUGACGGGGGAAUUGACUCUCUCCUAAAAGCGAUGAUCGAGAGGUACAAUUUUGCGAAUUAACAUCCGCCCAAUCUCCGUCAAACGCGUCGUUCGAAUCUUUGAAAGACACGAGUAACAAUGAGUCUUCAGAGAGUUUGCGUGCGUGUCUGUAUGUGUAAUUCUACUGCAUUCUGUCCUCGUUCUUAUAUACUUUUUAUCAGCGGUUCUCAUACUUCGUCAGUUGUUUCGCGCGAUCGAAAUCUUGCCAAGUUUUUCGGCGAUUCUCCGGUAAUUUAAAUAUCCAGGCUCCUUCGAUCGUGUUCGAUUAUUUUUAUUCGACCACAUCAACAAACGCACAAUUUUAUAGAGAACGAUUAUGAAGGAAAUUGUGUUUGGUACACGGAUCACGCGGAUUAUAUUCGUAUGCGCGAGAGACGAACCCGAUGGAGCAUACUUAAUUCGCGAAUCGGAAAUAGAAUUCGCGGAAUGCGAAUGUUUCAUUGUACGUCUCUUUAUUAAUAGACGCGUUGCUAAUCAGGGAUCAUCGAGGAAAACACGGCGACGCACAUCGUGGACCUUGAACGGAAGCGUUUCAUCUCGACUCGUUUGCUUCCUUCAAGUGGUCGAAGCGACAAAGUGAUUGCCUGAUGAAUGAUAGAUCCCAGAAGUCGAGUCUCAAUCGUUCCAUGAAUUUGUAAUUCUAAUGUAUCAUCUUGACAAGACGAAAAUUAUGUUAAAUGAUGAAAGACACAAGAUCUAAUAUUUUAAUUUUUUUAAAUUUAUUUUUAUUUUUUCAUACGUGUAUAAAUUGAUUUAUCUAAUUGAUAUUUAUCCUCUUUUUCUUGGAGAAUUCGAUUAAACUUUGCGAAAAUGGAAUAAAUAGUAAUGUGCAUGGUAGAAAUGAUUUCAUAAUUUCUUCUUCUAGCAAAGAAAGAAUAAUGUAAAUCCAUAUCGGAAUUCAAUUCCGGAAUCUAUCAUUUCUUUUCCUUUCUUUCAAUUAAUUGGCCAACUUUGAGUCUAAUCAAUCUGGCCAUAAACUGAUAAUAAAGUAUUAAUCAACAGUUUCUCACAUCAAGAUCGAUCACUUACAAUUAGCAGGCAAUCACUUUAUCGCUUCAAGUCACUCGCCAUUUCACGAAAUAUAUACGUUCUUUCUUUCUUUCUUCAUAUAUAUAAUAGA